AUGACCAGUGAUGCCAAUCCUCACCAGCGCUCUUCCUCGCCCUUGAAACGACGAGCCUCCACCAUGGACCCUGAUGCCGAUGUCAGUAUGAAGGAGGAGGAUGUCGAUAUGGCCGCCUCCGCCCAGUCCUCCACCAUUACCAACGAAGCUACCAUUGAGGGCGCCCAGCCUGUCCCCGCCGAGUCCGAACAUCAUCUGCCCAGAGCCAUGAGUGUCGACUUGCCAGACAAGGCCUCGAACGGCGGACCCAGCGCAUCCAGAGACGAUGCUCUUCCUCCCCUGGAGGAUCAGAUCAAGACCAUCCAGACCCUCCUCAAGGCCUUCAACGACGAACCCCCGAAAGUUGGCGAUGUCGCCUACGUAGUGUCGAGAUCAUGGGUGGACAAGGCUUUGGCGCUUGGCCGAGACCCCAAACUCGCCAAGAAAGAGACGACAAACGAGCCGUUGGGCCCUGUGGACAACGCCGAUCUCGUCCUCGAGGUUCUCCCGCAGCCCAAUGGCGACGACUUUGUCAGGAUGAAGCCUGGUACGAGCAUGGAGGAGUGCGAGCUCUUCCCGGAAGACGCCUGGACUCUCGUCUCGGAGUGGUACGGCGUCAAGGACGGCCAGAGGCCCAUUUUGCGUUGUGCUAUCAACGCGGCGCCUGACGCCACGAGCCAGGCCAACAUCAUUUUCGAGCUGAACCCGCCCGUCUUCACCAUCCACAGGCUUUGGUCGCUGUCUAGUCCCGUCCCGGUCGACGACGAGCUCAAAAGCAAGAAGCCGCUGGUCCUGGUCAGGAGCGCGUCGACGCCUUACAACCACUUCUACAAGGAGAUGAAGCAGCUCACGGGCGUUUCUCUGGAUCGCAGGAUGCGAGUCUGGCAGAUCACCACGCAGCAGUCCGCGGCGCAAGACGCACCCCCCUCGUCCGCCCUCACACCUCCCGACUCUCCCAACCCGGACACGGACGCCGGACGCUCCUCGGAUCCCUGGCAGCGCCUGCUCGUUGAGGUCCCCAGCUUCACAAAGCUCGGCGGCGGCGAUCGGCAAGUCGUGCCUGCCGUAGACAACACUGUCAAUCCCAACUACAACGGCAGCUCCCCUCUCUCCGUUCACGGCCUGAUGCAGGAUAUGACCCUCGUCAUCGACGAAGAGAUUGCCAAGAACUCGUGGGUCUCCAACUACUUCAAGGGUGGCAAGAACGACAAGAUCAUUGCGUCGCGCGGUUCUACCACCAGCCUGACCGCCCAGGGCAAGGCCGGCGGCAGCAGCAGCAGCGGACGGAGCAGCCCCGCUCCUUCGGGACCUGUGACCAGGGGCAGGACGCAGCAGAAGAAGAAGCCCGGCCGUGGUCUCGGCGCUGUCGGUCUGCAGAACCUCGGAAACACGUGCUACAUGAACUCGGCCCUGCAGUGCGUUCGCAGCGUCGAGGAGCUGACCAAGUACUUCCUGACUGACGAGUACAAAGUGGAGCUCAACAAAGCCAACCCUCUGGGUUAUAAGGGGCAAGUGGCCAUGGCUUACGGGGGGCUGCUCAAGGAGAUCUACGCCGAGUCGCGAGGCGCGGUUAGUCCCCGCGACUUCAAGAACACGGUGGGCCGCGCCCGCAGCACCUUCCAGGGCUGGGGCCAGCAGGACACGCAGGAGUUCCUCGGCUUCCUCCUCGACGCCCUGCAGGAGGACCUGAGUCGCAUCAAGAAGAAGCCGUACAUAGAGAAGCCGGACUCGACUGAUGAGAUGAUUGGCAACGAGGAGGCCAUCCGUAAGAUGGCCGAGGAGGUCUGGGACAUCACCCGUAAGCGCGAUGACUCGGUCGUCGCAGACCUCUUCACCGGCCUGUACAAGUCGACCCUCAAGUGCCCGACUUGCGACAAGAUCAGCAUCACCUUCGACCCCUUCAACAACCUCACUCUGCCGCUUCCCAUGGAGGACAUGUGGAGCCGGACCGUCAAGUUUUACCCGCUGAACGACGCGCCCGUGGAGAUCGAGAUUGAACUGUCGAAGCACAGCGCCAUCGAGCUACUGAAGAAGGCCGUCUCAGACAAGACGGGCGUCCCUGUCGAGCUGCUGUUGGGGGCCGAAGAGUUUAAGAGCAAGUUCUUCAAGAUUUACGAUGACAAUAACGAUGUCUCGGACGAGAUCCAGACGAACGACAUGCCUACUUUCCACGAGCUGGAGAUGUCGCCCACCAACUUCCCUCCCAAGACCAAGAAGAUGGGCACCCCGAGCUCCAUGCUGGACAUCAGCGAGGAGCCCUGGGUCGACCCCCUCUCCGAGCGCAUGGUUGUCACCGUCCUCCACCGCAAGAAGAAUGGGGGCAACACCUACCGGAUGAGAGGAGACGACAUUGCGUCGCCCCCUCACUUCAUCGUUCUCACCCCCGAAGAGGCUCGCAGCGAGGAUGCCAUCCGUCGCAAGGUUCUGGAACGGGUCGCCACCUUCUCCACCUGGUCCGGGUUCGAGGACGCCGACGAAGGCGCGGACGCAGACAUGGUCAUCACAUCUCAGUCUGAUGCCGAUUCGUCCGGAGACAGUAAGAUAGUCUCCAACUCGGUGGAAGGCGAGGACGACCUUGUCAACGUAUCGAUUGGUGCAGGCGAGCAACAGCAAACUGCGCGAAGAAGUCUGAAGCAGUUCAACACCCGCCGACCAAAGUGGACCGAUCCGAAGGAGUAUCUGCAGCCCGAGCUCCAGAACUUGUUCGACCUCUCCUUUUUCGCCGAGGGCAACGAUUCGGGUCCGCCAACCGGCUGGAGCUCGGUGGAUGACAGCAGGACCUUCCGUCCCCUGUCGUCCCGUGCUCCGGAGACCGAACAGGACUCCAACAGCCCCGGCUCCACCAACGGCGCGGACAGCGAGCGUGACAGUGCCAGCGAAACGCAGUCUCCGCUGUCCGUCGAGGAGCAGACUCGCAUGGCAGAGGAGUCGGAGGAGGAAGACGGGCCUGUCCGAGUGAUCAAGCCUACGCGUGGCAGAGGCAACCACAAGGUCGGCGGCGCCCGCCGCAAGUUCAACAAGGGCAACAAGACGUACGGCAAGAAGGGCGGUAAGCGUCGUAACAAGGACGCGCGCUCGAGCAAGGAGCAGUCUUUCCAGGUCGUCGAUGUCGAGCCUCAGCCGUCGCCCUUGGACGAUGUCCGCGGCGGUCCGCUCGUCCGCCUCGGCGAGGGUAUUGUCGUCGACUGGUCCGAGGAGACGUGGGACUUGGUCUUCGGCAAGGAUUCGCGCGACGCAGAGGACAACCGCGGCCAGAAGACGUUUGGCGACGUGGAGAAGCUCAGAGACCCCGUCCUGGAGCAAAAGCGCAAGUCACGUCAAGCGCGCAAGAAGCAGGGCAUCACCCUCGAGGAGUGCUUGGACGAGUUCGAAAAGGCCGAGGUUCUCUCCGAGCAGGACAUGUGGUACUGCCCACGCUGCAAGGAGCACCGCCGUGCCAGCAAGAAGUUUGACCUCUGGAAGACACCCGACAUUCUCGUUGUUCACCUGAAGCGCUUCAGUAGCGCCGGGUGGCGCCGCGACAAGCUGGACAUCCUCGUCGACUUCCCCAUCGAGGGCCUCGACCUGCACAAGCGCGUCCUCUGCCAGGAGACGGGCAAGGAAGAGAUCUACGAUCUCAUUGCCGUCGACGACCAUUUCGGUGGCCUCGGUGGCGGCCAUUACACCGCCUACGGACGCAACUUUGUUGACGGCCAGUGGUACAACUACAAUGACACCUCGGUCAGCAAGACUUCGCCGGAGAGCGUCGUCACCAGAGCUGCCUACCUGCUCUUCUACCGCCGUCGUUCCGAGACCCCCCUGGGCGGUCCCCGCUUCAAGCAGAUCUUUGACAAAUUCGACAAGGCCGGUGAAGAGGACGAGGAGGACGACACCGACUCGGGGGAAGAUCAGCGUCUCGUCGGGGGCUCCUCCCUAACUGGAUCGUCGAGACUUGGGAUCGGAGCCGAAGCAACUCACCCGCGCGGAAAUCGUGGUUUGGCUACUAGCACAAUGUCUACAGCCAACCGCGGCGGCGAUGAUGACGACCUGCCGCCUUACGAAGGCAGCUCCAGCACCAACGUCGGCAGCGACAACAUCCAGAACAGCAUCGAGGAUGAGGGCAUUGGCAUGAUGGACCACGCCGACGGCGCCAAUGGGUUUCAAGCCGCGCAACCCUGGAACUGGAACUCGUUGGAGUCCGCUGACGGAACCAACAACUCUCUCGGCCUGGAGGGCUACGGCAGCGACGACGCCCAGCCGGACUCCUCAGACGACCGCGAAGCUGGCAACGACACGGACAUGCAAUUCGACGAGACCAUGGGAGAUUACGAGACCGCCCAGGAGGCUCCACCGCCGCCCGACUUUGGCGCCCAGGUCGGUCUCUCAGAGAUCCAGAACGCCGCUUGGGACCGUCAGAACAAGACUCAGGUCAUUUCAGUCCCCGCCGCCGAUGACGACGCCGCCUCUACAGAGGCAGCCGAGAUUCAUCUCGAUGACGAUGUAGAGCAGCAGCAGCAGCAGCAGCAGCCCAGUCGCGCGCGGCCUUAG